CGCGGAGACGUGCAGGCGCCCGCGUAGCCGGAGGCUGAGGUGGCAGCAGCCCGGCCAACAUGGAACUACCGCAGAUGCCGGAGCUUAUGGGGCUGUCGCUGUUGCUCGGGCUUCUGGCCUUGAUGGCGACGGCGGCGGUAGCGCGGGGGUGGCUGCGAGCGGAAGAAGAGAUCUGCAGCCGGUCCGCCGGCCAAAAAGCAAAUGGAUUUCCACUUGACAAGUCCUUGAAGUCCAAGAAGCAGAAACAGCAGCAGCGAAUUCGCAAGGAGAAGCCUCAACAGCACAACUUCACUCACCGCCUCCUGGCUGCAGCACUAAAGAGCCACAGUGGGGACAUAUCUUGCAUGGACUUCAGCAGCAACGGCAAGUACCUGGCCACCUGUGCAGAUGAUCGCACCAUCCGCAUCUGGAGCACCAAAGACUUCCUGCAACGAGAGCACCGUAGCAUGAGAGCCAAUGUAGAGCUGGACCAUGCCACCCUGGUGCGCUUCAGCCCUGACUGCAGAGCCUUCAUUGUCUGGCUUGCCAGUGGAGACACCCUCCGUGUCUUCAAGAUGACCAAGCGAGAGGAUGGGGGCUAUACCUUCACAGCCACCCCGGAGGACUUUCCUAAAAAGCAUAAGGCACCCGUCAUCAACAUUGGCAUUGCAGACACAGGAAAAUUCAUCAUGACUGCUUCCAAUGACACAACUAUCCUCAUCUGGAAUCUGAAAGGUCAGGUGUUGUCUACCAUUAACACCAACCAGAUGAACAAUAUACAUGCUGCUAUAUCCCCUUGUAGCAGGUUUGUGGCCUCAUGUGGCUUCACCCCCGAUGUCAAAGUUUGGGAAGUCUGCUUCGGGAAAAAAGGUGACUUCCAGGAGGUUGUACGAGCUUUUGAACUGAAGGGCCACUCCGCAGCUGUCCACUUCUUUGCUUUCUCCAAUGACUCCCGGAGGAUGGCCUCUGUCUCCAAGGAUGGUACAUGGAAACUGUGGGACACAGAUGUGGAAUACAAGAAGCAGCAGGACCCCUACUUGCUGAGGACAGGCCGCUUUGAAGAGGCUAGCACCAUGCCGUGCCGCCUGGCACUCUCCCCUGAUGCCCAGGUCUUGGCCUUGGCUAGUGGCAGCAGUAUUCAUCUCUACAAUACCCGGCGGGGUGAGAAAGAGGAGUGCUUUGAGCAGGUCCAUGGGGAGUGUAUCACUGACUUGUCUUUUGACAUCACUGGCCGGCUUCUGGCCUCCUGUGGGGACCGGGCAGUACGGCUUUUCCACAACACCCCUGGCCACCGGGCAGUGGUGGAAGAAAUGCAGGGCCUCCUGAAGCGGGCCUCCAAUGAGAGCACCCGCCAGAGGCUGCAACAGCAACUGACCCAGGCCCAGGAGGCCCUGAAGAGCCUGGGUGCCUUGAAGAAAUGACUCUGGGAGAAUGUGGCAGGAAGGAUCUGGCCUUCUGCUGCCACUACUGCUGCCACUUUUCUUCCUAGGUACUCCCCAGCUGGAAACCUUUUGAAAGGGGUAUCUGGAUUUUUUUUUAUGGUGGCCCCCUCCUUUUUCCCAUUGAAACUGUUCUUGCCUACUUAGAUCUUUCUUCUUGCUGGUUUUGACUCCUUUACUUACUUGACCUCUCAGGCUAAUGACCAAGGUGCUUCUCUUUUUUUCCUGGGCCCAAGGGGUGGAAUCUGUCUUCAUCAGGCACUGAGGAGAGUGGUAAAUAGAAGAAAGAGAGAACAUGGUCUUUGACCCUGUGACAACACACCCUGACAUCCAAAGGAGUUUGUAAUUGUGGAGGCAAAACCUAAAGAAUGCCCGAGUACUAACCAGUAGUGUUGCAGGGGUGAGACUGGGAUAUCUUCCAAUUACAGAACUGUGGUAUGUUAUGGGUCAGGUAAAGGCUAGUCUUAAUCCAGGCAAAGCUUCUAACUCCAUCAAAAAGUAAUUAAGGGAUUUCAUUCUGUGCCUCAGUUUUCUUAUUUGUAAAAUGAAUAAUCUCGACCUCCUUACAAAGACACUGUGAGGACGUGAGAGUAUAAAUUCCCUAGAUUUGGAACAAAAGAGUAGUAAUAUGUUAACUGUUGUCCAAUAUCAUUUCUUAACUAGGUAAAAGUGGGUCUGAAACACUGUAGUUUGAAACCAAAUUAGAAAAAAGAAACAUAUUUCUUGGGAAGGCGAAGUUUCUGGGAUCAUACAUUUCGUAUCUGGUUCUGCUUUGUGUAGAGGAAUCAGAAUCCCAAAAUGGAGUCCUCUCUUUCAGGAGAUUAUAUCCUGUUGGAGGAGACCCCUUUUCAGUUCAUCAAACAUUUGAGUGCCUACUCUGCCCAGCACAGCAGUAAGCACCGGAGAUAAGACAUGAUCUCUGCCAUCAAAGAUGGCUGGUGGGAGAGAGGUACACGUGUCUAUUAAGUGCUUUUUGUUAGUUUAUUCAUAGCUGUAGAAUGCUGUUGUAAAAGUCAAGGCAAGAGAGAGGAUUGAACCAGGACAGAGACAGUGGAUAUGAAGUCGAAGGGAUAGAUUUGAUAAGAGACGAUGUAUUUAAAAGAUCGAAUUUUUGGAUUUGAGGGUGGCCUGGAUGUGGGAGAUACAGGAAAUGAAUCUAAGAAGACUUGCAUCUAGGCAAAAUUUAUUCAUUCAAAGUCAGGUUCUUAUUCCAUCUCCCUAAAACUAGGACUCCCCUUACUUGCCCCCAGCUCACGUAAAUGUUUGAAUAAGCCACAGCCUUGGAGUUAUUCAUAAUCACUCCCUUUCAUUACUUCCUCCACCCCACUACCACUACUGCCAUCCACUCCACCAAAAAUUCUUUGGGUUAUACUUCAGAAUAUAUCUUAUUCUGAAUUUGCUACUUGUCUCCUUAUUUUCUGUUACCAUCCUGGUCCUAGCCACUGUCACCUACUGGGCUAUAAUGUAGCUUCCUCAUUGGUCUCCCUGCUUCUCUUUCCUAUUAAAUCACUUUUCUACAUAGCAGAGUGCUCUUUUGAAAAUGUAAACCAGAUUACAUUGUUCCCCAGUUAAAACCCCCGAAGGCUUUCCAUUGCACUUGGGAUAAAAUCCAAAAUUCUCUCCAUGGCCCACAAAGUCCUAUGUAAUCUGGCUUCUUCCUUCCUUAGUGAUCUUGUUACCACUCUUGUAACCCCAGCCUUGCUGUUCUUUGACCAAGCCAUGUUAUUUCCAGCCUCAAGGGGAACUUGGACUAUGCUGUUUCUUCUUGUUGGAAGCAUUUUUCGUUUCUGAUGGCUGACUUGACGUGCUUAUCGUAAUUCACGUCUCAAUUUCAGUUACACUUCAGAGAGACCCUCCCUAACAACCCAAUCUGAAGUAGCCCUUUUCACCAAUCAUCACAUCCAUCCUAUUAGCUUAGUUUAUUUAUUUUCUAUUACUUAAAGCUAUCUGAACUUGUUUGGAUAUUUGUUUGCUUUAGAGGUUUCAGUUUAAAUGUUAUGAUGUCAAGUGGAGAAUGUAAAUGCAUGAAUGGGCCAGUAUUCUGGAUGUAAGACAGCAGGGAACGUGGCGACUGCAGUGAUCUCUAGAGGGCAUGUGUCCUGCAUAAAGAGCAGGAGUGGCUCCUACUUACUCAGGAAUCCAGCAGAAGUUGCCUAUUCUAGAGAAGCUAGAAGUUGGCAGUUUAUUAUAAAAAGAAAAAAUAAAGCACUGUAUAUGCCAAACAAAACACUAAUGUGGGCUGGAUGCAGCGUACCAGUCUCUUAUUGGCAGCUUCUUGAUUGUUCAUUAGCCCAUUGGAAUGUGAGCUCCACAAAGGCAGAAUCUUUGUUGAUCUUAUUUGUUCUGUAUCCCAAGCACAGUACCUGGGACAGAAUGAGCCCUCGAUAAAUGAACUCAGACCAGGGGCAGUUGACAGAAAUUUCAGUACCCUCUGUGUGUAUCCUCCCACUCCCGAUUUCCACUGUGGUUUUAUGUGAUUGAUAAUGUUAUGCACAUGGUUCCUGGCAAAUAUUUGCUUUCCGAUUGCCAGAAGAAUGAGACUAAAACAUUUUUUCGUAUAUUUGCUUGGCUCUGGCUUUACUUUCAUUGUAUAUCCAGGAGAGGAAGUGACCAUAGAAUGUUGAGUUACUGAAGUCAGAAGUCUUUCCAGUUUCAGCUGAAUCACUUACUGACUUGAGACCUUGAGCAGAUAGAUUAUUUGACCUCUCUGAGUUUGUUUCUUCAUCUGUAAAAUGGGAAUAAAUCCUGGCUUGUGUUUCUAAUGGAGUGAAACCACUAUAAAAAAAAAAUAUUACAGAGACUUCCUGAGGACAGAAAGCUCUCACUAAAAAUGAAGCUGCUUCUCUUGUAAGCCUGGAGAAGGUAUCUGGAUAUUAACAUAGAGGCUGCUAUGUGUUUUUUUGGAUCAAACAUCCUUGUGUGUAAAGGCAGCAUUAACAUUUUAAUAUUACUAUUUCAACUUCUGUGGGUUUGAAAUUUUUCAAAAUAAAAAGUUGGGGAAAUAUUAAAAAUGGUAUAUAGCCUAUUUUAAUCAGUUGUGAAAAAUAUAAAAAAAAUAUUUAAACCACAAAAGUAUACAUUUGAAGGCCUAUCAUAACCUUGGUAAGUUUUCAUCAAGGUAAUAAUACUCAUAUUUAAAAGAUUGUUCUGUAAUUGGAGAUUAUAGGAGUUAAGUAGAAAGCCCAUACUAUUGUGAUGAGUUAUCAGCAGUAGUAGAUUAUUUCAUAUAGCAUUAGAUGGACCCAACACUGUCCCAAGUUGGUCCCAUAUCUAGAAACUUAAUAAUUUGAGGAUUCAUGUACUUUACAAAAUUCCAGAAAUAUGGGUCUUCCUGGUGAGCACAACUUGGUUUCAGCCCAAAGUUCUUUAGACUGAGGCUCACUGAUGGGCACAGGUUGGCAUCGAAGCAGCAGCCACAACAACUGAAAGCAUGAUUUAUAUACACAAAAUUGUGAAUGUAUUCUGAGAUUGUGAAUAUAUUUCCAAGUCUUCAUUUCUUUAAACUUCCAACUUCCAGAGUUCAGCGCAGUUGGAGAAUGAGUAUGGUUUCCAUUUGCUUUCUAUUCAGUAUACAUACCCAGUUUGAGCCCAUUUGCAUUUUCUUAAUCAUAUUAAUACUGGUUAACAUUGAGUGCUAAGCCUUCAAUCCCUACCAACUUUGCUACUGUUUUUGCCUUAACCAUGCUCCCAGUAACCACAUCUUAGUUUUUAUUGGUGAACUACCACUUCCCUGACUCUUGAUCCAUAUGAUUUAUAGGGUAUAGACCCAGAUGCUCCAUAGUGGGUGUAAUCAGAAGAUCCCUGGACUUUGCCAGAACUUUAGAAAAGUUAAAAUAUCUUUCAUUUUCUGUUGGAAUUGUUUAGUAAGUAGGAUUGUAGGCUUGUUACUAUGUGUAGUGUUUCCUGAGAAUGAAGGUAACAGGAAAGCAGGAUGGAAGAUGUAGAGAGGUCAUGUGCUGAGGAUGGCCAUGUGCUGAGGCUUUAGACUAGUGGAUCCAGACACCACUGGACUUUUCAGUUAUAAAAGCCAAUAAGUUCCAGUUUAUGAUUAAGUCAAUUCAAGUUGGGAUGCUCUGACUUGCAACUGAAAAAGCCUUAACAUCAGUAUUAUUAGAGAGUCCAAGUAAAUUGCCCAAGGCACAUAACCAAUAAUGUUGUGCCCAGGUAUUUAAAUUUAGGUCUCUCUGGUACUAAGGUACAUACCUUUAACUACCAGGCCCAUCUCCAACAUUUAUAAAGCCAAAGGCAAGAAUACAAAUGGAGGCCCACAUGCCAUGCCUUAAUAUUUAAAAGUUAUCAAUUCAACUGAGCUCAAAUAUGCUCUAGCCUAGCCUAUCUUGAUAGAUAAAACAUCCUGGAAGGCCAAGUUUGAACUUAGAGUUCUCAGACUCAGAUCUGUGCCCCAAUGUGUCAAAGCAGGCCAUCCCAUGUUUAAGGCCUGUUCCUCUUCCCAUCUGGUUCUUUCCCACAUUGCAAGGUAUACCCUAGCCCCCACCUUUAAGUGCCAUCAUGUCCCUAAGAACCACCAUUUCUUGGCUACCCACUUGGGCCUUUGGGUGUGUGUACCAUGAAAGCACUGCCUUUGUGAGGGUAGACCCAGAAGAUAAGUUCACAUAGGUCCUGGAAGCAGGCUUGGGUCUGUUUUGGCAGGGGUUCCAGGGUUCUGGGUACCUGGACUGUGGUGUAGUGGGUGAAGUGGAGACACAAGCUCUGAGUGGUCACAUAUCCCUGGUCCUGCAAGUUCUAUGCCUCAUGGGGAGGACAUGGCAGGAGGAGGGCUAGGACGAGUUCCUCCAAAAGGAGUCCUCUCGCCCAUGUCUAACACUUAACCUCUGUGUUAACCACACUUCAUUUUUUCCCUGAAGUUCCAAAUUUACUAUUAAGUUUUCUUUAACACAUCAGAAGUGAAUAUACAGUGAGUAUUUUAUUAUGAGUUCUUGGAGGUUCAGCCAGGUAUAUCUCAAGAGUUCUAAAAGUUCUGGAGAUGUGGAAGUAGGCUUGUAUAGUUUUUCAAGCCAGUAUCUAUGGCCUGAUUACUAGCUUUCCAUUCUUACCUUUAAGUUCUUCCAAGUAUCCCACACACCAGUUGCAGCCAGGAUACCAAUGUAGAAACCAGUCACACAUUGAUCAUUCCUUCAUCACCUCCCAGGAUCAGACAGGUUAGGAAGGAAGCCAUGGAGAGCUGAGCACACCAGCUUCCUUCUAACAAACUGAUAGAGCAUUUCCUCCUGUUCUCAUUGUAGAUGCUCUCACUAGAGCAAGCGAAUUCAGCUUUUUCACACUUAAGCAUUUCAAGCAUGGCUUGUGAAUGAUGCUAGCUAAUUGGGUAGGGGAUUUUUGUUUUUAUUUAAAAAUUUAAGUUAAACUUCUUAUUGAAUAUCCUGUUUUAUCCUCUCAUCCUCUCCUUUACUUUUUUUUCCCUCCCUUAAUGGCACCUUUCUGCCACAGCUAAAAGAUUUGAUAAUGGCAAACAUUCGUGGAGUACUCAUUAUAGUCCAGACACCAUUCUCAGUGCUGUGGUGAUGACAACUCAUAUCCUCCCAGCAGUUCUUUGAGAUAUGAACUAUUAUAACUUCCAUAUAACCAAUGGGGACCCUACAGCAUUGCCCAGGUCACUUAGGAGGUACAUGGCCGAGCUGAGAUUCAAUCCUACAGAAUCUGGGUCCAGAGCUCAGGUUCCCAACUGUUCUCAAGCUUUAGCAGGUAUCACAUUCACCUGGGGCCUGGGCAUAACUACAAAGGCCCAGGUCCUAUCCUGCUUCAAUAGGCAUAAUCUUCUGUGUCCUUUAUUAUGUGGUACCAAAGUUUGGGAACCACUGCGCUGUGCUCUUCUGCCUUGAUUUUGAAUAUUUUUCAGAUGCUACUGCCCUUCUUGAGAGUGUGUUCCUAUCCCAACAAGUGUUUCUUGGCUUGUGCUUAGUGGAGGAGAAACUGCAAGGGAGCCAUCCAGGGACCCUCUAGGGGGCUGUCCCACUCCCUGCUUGGCGCUGGAAACUCCCCAGCUCUUGUCCCUGGUCACACGGCCAUCACUUCAGCUGUCUAAGGAGUCUCUUUGGAAACUGCCUUUCCUCCAUUAUCUCAGACUAAAUGGCUUUUCAGAGCUUUCAUAAGCCUGCACAUUCCUUCAUCUCUACUCCACAUUGCAUUGUCAUUUAUCUAUGCUGUGAUUGUCUAGAGGGCAGGUGACAUGUAUGAUUAAUUUUAGUAUCCUUACAGCCUAGCUUAGGGCCAGACAGUCGAAUAAAAGAACUUCCACCUCUCUGGAACCUUACCCAGUUGCCCUGGGCCUCGCAGUGACUGAGUGCCCCGUUGGAUGCUCAUUCGAGACACCUCCCUUCCGAAGAGCCCAUUUCCAAUACCUAACUCAGGGAUACUGCAGCCUUUAACCAACACAUGAUUUGGGCUACAUCCUUUAAACUCUCAGAACCUGCGGGUCAGGAACAGACUUGGCUUGUAGGCUUUUAAACUGCACAGUACAUGGAAUAAUAUAUGGAGACACUAAGAUGGCAUUCUCAUCCUGACAAUGGGCUGUUGUUACAUUCCAGGGACUCUUCCCUUCCUCCUCACCUUCAUUCUGACUACUUUCCCAAGGGCAGUUCACCUUCCCACUGCCUGCGCCCAGCCCCUCAGGAGCAUCAGGGGAAACCAGUUCCUUUGUUUGCUGAUCUUCCUGUGAUAUUGAAGUCCUGGAUAGUGUUUUGUGUAUGGACAUGUUUUCAUAAUUAUAACUACUCCAACCAGUCAA